CUGCAAGGCCAAGCCAUGCUGCAGCGCCGGUCUCUCCGGGGGUCCCGUCCCAUCCUGUCGCGGGACGGCCCCGCCUUCCCCCCACCCCUGCCCUGCGGCCUCCCCACCGCCAGGGGGCGUGCUGCCAAGUGCGCGGUGCUGCUCCGCUCCCUCCCCUCCUCCGGCCAAUCAGCGCGCGGCCUUGCGGCGGGAAGGCGGAAGAGGCGAUCCCGGUGGCGGCGGCCAUGGCGGCGGAGCGGCGGCCGCUGCGGCUGCUGGCGCUGCACGGGUACCGGCAGAGCGCCCGCCGCCUCCGCCAGCGCACCGGCGCGCUCCGCAAGGCCCUGCGCGGCCGCGCGGAGCUGCUGCCCAUCGACGCGCCGCACGUUGUGCCCGCCACCGCCGCUCAGGACGACCCCGACGGGGACGACCCGCCCCGCGGCUGGUGGUUCUCGGGGCCCGGCGCGUUCGAGGCGGGCGAGGCGGCGGCGGCGCCGGAGGGGCUGGAAGAGUCUCUGUCGGCCGUGGCGGCGGCGCUGGCGGAGCAGGGGCCGUUCGACGGGCUGCUGGGGUUCAGCCAGGGCGCGGCGCUGGCCGCCAUGGUGUGCGCGCUGCGGGCCCGCGGCGACCCGCGCUUCCCCGUGAGCUUCGCCGUGCUGGUGGCCGGGUUCGCCAGCCGCGCCCCGGCGCACGGGCACUUUUACCGCCACCCCAUCGCCCUGCCCACCCUGCACGUCGUGGGGGACACGGACGCCGUGAUCGCAGCCCCGCUCAGCAUGGAGCUGUCCCGCUGCUUCGUGGAGCCGGUAGUGCUCACCCACCCCGGCGGGCACUUCAUCCCCGCGGCCACGGCGCAGAAGAAAGCCUACCUGGAAUUCCUGGAACGCUUCCGCCCCGGGCGGGAGAAGGCCGAGCCCCCAGGGGCUGGGGAGGUUUCAGAACGGUCUAUGUAAUAAAGGGGGCUCUGGUGAGCCAUGUGUAUACA